CGAUUGCAUCCGCCGCCUUGCCUCCCUUUGCCAACCCAACGAUCAAUUGCAAACGGACCACCAAGCCGCACACCCCAGUCCACGAACCGUAUACGUACCGGCAAGAACACCACACCACACCACACCACACACCAUGAAAUUCGUUUCCUCCGCACUCGUCGCGUUCCUCGGGGUCGCGGCCUGCGUCGAGGCCUUCUCGGCCCCCCGCGCCAUCGGCCGGCCCUCCACCGCGGUCCGCGCGGCCGCCUCCGCGGAGCAGGACCUCGAGCUGACCCGCAGGGUCCUCCUCGACUUUUUCCAGGAGGACGGGUCCUCCCAGGGGGCCGCCGAGCCAAAAGCCCGCUCCUACGKCUCGCCCCCGCGGCCCGAGAACGACCUGAUGAUCCGCGCCGCCCUCGGGGAAACCGUCGAGAAGACCCCCAUCUGGUUGUUCCGGCAGGCCGGCCGCCACCUCCCCGAAUACACGGCCUACAAGGAGGAAACCGGAAGAAACUUUGUCGAGCUCCUGAAGUACCCCGAGGUAUGUGUGCAGUUGUUGUUCUCUUGGGUUCGAUUUGGUGUCGUUUCGUUUCGUUUCGUUUCGUUUCGUGUUGUUCAGCGUCGCUUCCUUUCCUUUCGGUCCGGUCCGAUCGGUUGCUUUGUUUUGCGGUGGCGUGCGCUAGCAUCCUCCUUGUCUUGUGCAGUGGACGAGCAUCGCAAACGUCGGAUGUCAUCCGGUCCUCCACCGCGUUUUUUUUCAAUGUUUGUUAAAUGGUGGCAAGAAUUCCUUUCCCGUCGAAAACCCCUUCUAAUCCGUCCGUGUAUGUGCUUGUCGUGCCCCCACGAUCCGCCCUCGGAAAAACUAUUUUUAAAAAACGCAACAACAACAACAACAAACACAGAGCGUCGCAGAAUGCACCCUGCAGCCCGUCCGUAGGUAUGAGGUCGACGCCGCGAUUCUCUUCUCCGAUAUUUUGGUCAUCGCGGAAGCCCUCGGGAUCGAGGUCACCAUGCCCGGCGGCGUUGGAAUCCUCAUCCCGGAACCCCUGGCCGGCCCCGAGGAGGUCGCCACCCGCAUCCCGUCCAUCGACGAGAUCUCGGAGGCCUUUGUCGAGGACAAGCUCGGGCACGUUCUGGAGGCCGUCCGCCAGAUCCGGUCGAAAAUGGCCGAGGAGGGCAAGAGCGUUCCGCUCAUCGGGUUCUCCGCCGCACCGUGGACGCUUCUCUUUUACAUGGUCGGGGGAUCUUCUCGCAAGAACACGGACAGCGGCAUGAGGUGGCUCAGCGAACACCCCGAGGAGUCCCAGAAGCUCCUCGACAUUCUCACCAAGAUUGUCAUCGAAUACAUGAGCAAACAGGUAGAAAACGGAGCGCACAUGCUCCAGGUGUUCGAGGCCAUGGGAAUGAUGAUCGACGAAGAAAACUUCAAUAAGUUUGCCCUGCCGUGCCUGGAACAAAUCUCGAAGGAACUCAAGUCUCGAUUCCCCGAUGUGCCCGUCAUGGUAUUCAGCCGCGGUGCCAGGUGAGUACGGUAUUGUCGUCGAAGAAACCAACCAAUACAGUGUAACAAAGAAACGACGGUGGGAUCCAAAAGACAUUCCAUCGUGCUCUUAUUCUUCAAAGCGUUCCACAAACUUACCUUCUGCUCCUGUUUCCAUUUUUUGGCACACCACAAACCAACCCAUUCGUCUAGUUUUGCCAACGGCAACCUCUCAAAGCUGGAAUACGACGUAGUUACGAUCGAUGGCAGCGUCGACAGAAGCACCGCCAGAGACUCCGUGGGCGAUCGCGUCUCCCUGCAAGGGAACUACGACCCCCGCGAACUCAUCGAGGACGAGGAGGGAACAAAGACACCGGAAACGGUCCGAGCGACAGCCCGGGAAAUGCUCGAGGCACUCGGCCCCCAAAAACUGAUCGCCAACCUCGGUGAAGGCCUCGGAGGAAAGGAAAGCACAACGCUGGUGGAUGCAUUCGUAAACAGCAUCCACGAAGAAAGUGCCGACAUGAUUGCCUCGGCGAACUAAAUAAAAUUUACAUAGAGAUUAUAUUUUGAGGAUAAGAACUAGCCUUGGCCUGAUUCACAGCGGAAGACUGCAUGAUCAAUACGGAGGGUGAAACCGAGAGAGCGGGAUUGCUAAGUGUCCUAUCAAUCCAUCCUCUCCGUUCAAACUUCCUUGCGAAAAAGGCAACGAACGCGAACGGCGUAUUUCAUGAAUCCCAACAAAAAUGGCACAGAAGUACUCGUGCUUUUGUUUACUAGAUCGUUGCCUUCCUGUAGUGAGCUUCGGUCUGAUGCAAUUGCGGAAAGUUGCCCAUUUCCAAAUUUCAGCCGUUUGAAUGAUUCAAACAAAAUAAAAAUUAGACUGUCGAUGACAGCAGCAACAAUCAAGACGGUACUCUUGAUAAACCUUACUUCAGGUCGGCACUAGUAUAUUUUUGWAAGCCAGAAAAAAGAAAGUUUGUACUAAUUAAGGAAUUCGAAAAUUAAUGACGGUUCCCUUGGCUUUCAAGAAUUUGGCCUGUUCCGUAGUGCUUUUCAUGUCCGGCAAUUGAUCAAUAUGAGUUAUUGAUCACGGAGACCACGGAAUAGGUUUUUGUUGGAUUGUACGAAUGAGUCAAUCGCCCGUAAAUUCAAUCAAUCUCAAUAACUUCGUCGACGCUUUCAUCGUCAACUAUUUCAAGAGGAUUUUCAAAUUCAUUCCCCGCCGUAGAAUCGUGCACGUUUCUAGCGUAUGACCUGGUGGUCGUAGUAGUAAAACGUGCCGUCACCGUCACGGGACGAACCACCGUCGUAGACGUUCUGAUACCGAUAGCACCGGGACCUCCGUGAAGCGCACGCAUGAAGGCAGCCAUUGGAGAAUCUUCAUCAUCCGAGUCGUCGUCACCACGAUUGGAUGAUGAAAAAUUAAGGGGUGCAGGAGGAGCCCCGGAACUUUGGAUACCACCCGCACCAACGCCUUGGAAGUCGAAUCCGCCAAAAAUAAUU